UCACAGCUCGGGCGGUUUAAGGGAGGCCGGGAGCCUGCGGACACCCAGUAGAGCCGGGGCAGGGUCUGCUCCCACCCCGCUGGGGAUCCCCGAGCCACCGCCAUGGGCCAGGGCAGGCUCCCGGCCCCCCUGGGGCUGGCCUGCUGUCUGCUGCUCCUGGGGGGCUCGGGGGGCCUGGGGAGCCGAGGGACGCUGCACGGGCCCUGGGAAGAGGAGCAGGGUCCCGUGGCGGAGGGAGGACCCUGGGGCAGGGCGAGGUACGAAGCUGUGAAGAAGCACUUGGGAGCUGUGGGUGCUCUUUCCAAGCAGUAUUGGCAGUACCUGGCGUGCAAGGUGUGGCAGGAGGACUGCAAAGAGGAGGAGGAGGAAAAGGAGGAAGAGUCCAGUCCCAGGCCAGGCUGGAGUUUACCUCUGGUGGGCCAGGAUUACCUGGAGAUCCUCUCUGCCUGGUACUGCAGCUUCGGCAAGUGCUGCAAGACAGGAGACUGCAGGAUAGUCAACAAUAUCACAGGGCUAGAAGCAGACCUCAAUGGGCAGCUCCACGGGCAGCACUUGGUCAAAGAAGUCGUCAUCCGGGCGGUGCAAGGGUUCCUGCAGAGCCCACGGCCGCAGAAGGCUCUGGUCCUCUCUUUCCACGGCUGGUCCGGCACAGGCAAGAACUUCGUGGCUCGGAUGGUGGCCAGUCACCUGUACCGGGAUGGGCUGAAGAGCGAGUGUGUCAGGGUGUUCAUCUCGCUCUUCCACUUCCCUCAUCACAACUACGUGGAUUCGUACAAGGCUCAGCUGAAGAAGCAGAUAAGUGAGACUGUGCAGCUCUGCAAGCAGUCCCUGUUCAUCUUUGAUGAGGCAGAGAAACUUCAUUUUGGCCUCCUGGAUGCCAUCAAGUCCUUCAUGGCUCGCUCUGACGAGGGCCACGUGGAUUACCGGAGAUCCAUCUUCCUCUUCCUCAGCAAUCUUGGCGGCAACACCAUCAAUGAGGUAGCCCUGGAUUUCUGGCGAGCCGGCCGGGCACGGGAGGAGAUCUCCAUGGAGCUCUUGGAGCAGCGGCUGCGGCUGGAGCUGCUGGAGCCUGCAGAGAACGGUUAUGCUCGCAGCCACCUCCUCAAAGAGAACCUCAUUGAUUUCUUUGUGCCAUUCCUGCCCCUGGAGUACCACCACGUGAAGCUCUGCGCACGGGAUGCUUUCCUGGCCCGUGGACUUCCCUACACCGAGGCAGCCCUUGACGAGGUGGCCAGCAUGAUGGUGUUUGUCCCCAGAGAGGAGAAGCUUUUCUCUGCACAGGGCUGUAAAUCUGUAUCCCAGCGCAUCAAUUACUUCCUUCCUUGAACACCAGGUGGGACUACGCCAGUGGUGAAGGUGGUUCUGCACGCUUGGAGCUGCUCUCCUUGCAAAGGUCAGGCAAGCAGAUUACCCAGCCCUGCACUUGCACAGGGACAGAGACUUAACCCUUUGUUACUCCAAGGGCUGUUUGCAGGGAAGGAGGUGCACCCUGCCCAGCUUUACUCAUGGGACAUGGCGCAGCACUUGGCUGUGUUUGCAGUCUGGUGUUUUAAAGUCCCUUCUCUUAGCAGGUAGUAGCCCAAAGUGAUUUGGUUGUGCUGACAGAUGCUUUGUUUCAUGUGAGCGGGGGUGUCCAAGUCCUUGGUUUGUUACCAUGUAAUGAAGGCUGUGGACAGACUGGCCCUGUUGAGCCCAGCAGAAGCCACGUCCCCAUCCUCGUCCCCAGUUUUGUCAGUCACUUUAUGAGCUCUAAAAUGGCACAGACCUGUCUAGCUGGAGUGGAGUUCUUUUCUCUUUUGCUCUCCUGCAUUCACAAGGCGUCUGCUGGUCAGGGACGCACAUGCCAGGAUCAUGCUUUGUGCAGGGAGGCCCUUGCAUAGAGAAAAUGACUGAAUAAUCUCCUCCGGAGAUGUCAAAUCCAUCACCUCUCACUUUGGAGUACCCCUGUCUCGUUGGAGUCUUUCGUUGUAUGGAAGCAGCUGCGGCGAUGAGGUGAACUUCUGCUGAAAUAAUUUUUCUAAGCAGUUUGGUGAAGAGCCUUUGCUGCAAAAUGAAAAAGGGGAGACUAAUUCCCCUUUUGAGGGCAAAGGGCAGUUGAGGAGGAUGGUGGCUGAAGGAACAGGCUGCAAUUUAAUUUGGGUUUUCAGGGAUGCAGUAAACUGCUUUCCCCCCCGCCCAGUACGUUGCAUGCUGUGGAUUUUUGGCUGGUAUCAGCAUUACUACACCAAGGGGCUAUUUGCUGUCUGGGUACUUGCGGGGUGAUAAGUAUGUUACAGCAGGACCAAAAAAUUUCAACAGUGUUGCGGGAAUCACUUUGUGACCUCUAGGUCAAAACUCCCUUCCAACACCGCUGGGCUGGGGCGAGGAGGUGAAACAGCACACGCCAAGGCCAGGGCUUAGCUCCCUGGACACCCUUCGUGUGGACCUUUGAUCUAUUUUAAGCUUUGAACCUCUCUGUGGUGCCAGCAAUGAGCAGCACGACCUCUGGGAAAAGAUUGACCAGACACACUUACUACUCCCACAGACUCUGAGUUUGUGUUUCCCUCUGGGCACGCUGGCUCCGUUAUCUAAUGAGGCUUCACAGUCCAAGGCAGGAAGACGAGCCAGCUGCUUUCUUACUGCUCAACUUUAAACUUACCUGUUGGCUCUAGGUUGGACCUCAGGGCCCGUGCACCAUUAUCGGGCAUUUCUGAGACUUGGUUUAUGGAUAAUCUCUUAGUCACAAACUGUCAAUCCUAAAGUUUCAGCCUGGGAAAGAGCAGAGGGCGAUGGGCCUGGGAAGUCGGCUGCAUCCUCCCCUCCCCAGCUCAUAACUUGGGUUGUGUUUUGUAACCUGGGCAGAAAGUUUAGAAAGUUGCUAAUUGCUUAGGUGGUUGUAUAAACCAGGAUAAUCUAUGAUAUUUUUUUUUUAAAUAGAAAAGAGUCCUCAGCUGUCCAGGUUAGACUGAUGCCAUUUGGAGUGGAAGGAAGUCACUCUGUCAGCCAUUUCCCCAGUGCGGGGCUGGUAUGAAGUUGGCAGGUCAACAGUUCUUACUCUGUUACUGAUUAAGGAGGUGGUGGUUUUACUAAUGAGGGCAACUGUCAAACCGAUGAUGCAAGACCCUGUGCUCUGCCAGGUCACACUUGUGUAUGUUUGUGAUUUAAGUGAGCAUUUGAUUACGCAACCUCAACAGCAAGAACCACUCUCCUCUGACCACUCCACGGCAACGUUAAGUUUAAUUUUAAAGGCAUAAAUAAAAAUUCUGCUUUUCUUUGCA